GUGGGGCCGACUCCGAGGACGCUUGUUAUUGUCCGGCCAGGGGAGGCGGAGGUCGCUGGUUCGCACGCUCGCUCGCUCGCCAAGGCGGUCCGUGGCGGUCGGCGGCAGGUCGGUCGCGAGAGCGGACGCUGUGCAGGGGGCGAGGCUAUGUCGCGGCGGCAGCCGGGGUGGGCCAGCAGGGCCGGGAAUAACGGGACGUCGCGGCGGAGCUUCUUCCCCCGGAUACAGCGCGGUCCGAGCGGAGGCCGCGGCGCCGCCCUUCGGUCCUGAGGAGCCCGCGCGGCGCGAAGCCCGUCCCACCUUCACACCAGCACUGACGCUAGUCGGGCCGGCCGGGCCCGGCCCAGUCUAGUCCAAGCAGGCUGCACAGAGCUCCUUCCCUAAGGACAUGAAGCUGUUGGAGAACUCCAGCUUCGAGGCCAUCAACUCACAGCUAACUGUGGAGACUGGAGAUGCGCACAUUAUUGGCAGGAUCGAGAGCUACUCUUGUAAGAUGGCAGGAGACGACAAACACAUGUUCAAGCAGUUCUGCCAGGAGGGCCGGCCCCACGUGCUGGAAGCACUGUCCCCACCCCAGACCUCAGGCCUCAGCCCCAGCAGACUGAGCAAGAGCCAUGCUGGUGAGGACGAGGGCCCCCUCAGCGACAAGUGCAGCCGCAAGACCCUUUUCUACCUGAUCGCCACACUCAACGAAUCCUUCCGGCCAGACUACGACUUCAGCAGAGCUCGCAGCCACGAGUUCAGCCGCGAGCCCAGCCUCAGCUGGGUGGUGAAUGCAGUCAACUGCAGUCUCUUCUCAGCUGUGCGGGAAGACUUCAGGGCCUUGAAGCCACAGCUGUGGAAUGCAGUGGACGAGGAGAUCUGCCUGGCCGAGUGCGACAUCUACAGCUAUAACCCAGACCUGGACUCGGACCCCUUUGGGGAAGAUGGCAGUCUCUGGUCUUUCAACUACUUCUUCUACAAUAAGCGACUCAAGCGUAUUGUCUUCUGGAGCUGCCGCUCCAUCAGUGGCUCCACUUACACACCCUCCGAGGGAGGCCGCGAGCUAGACAUGGAGCUGGAGGAGGAGGUGGAGGAAGAGAGUGGCAGUGGAGGCAGUGAAGGCCCUGAGGAGGCCAGCACUCUGGAGGAGGACAGGGUCCCGGUGAUCUGUAUGUGACGGGAGGAGUGGAGCCCACCCUCAUCCAGCUUCAUCCAGUGCCUGGACCCGCCCACCUGAGGGCCCCAGCGCCACCCCAGCUGCUGGCCAGACCCUGGCGCUGUCAAAGGCCACACCCACCUAGCUCUUUGGCUCUAGCCUGUGGAUGUCCACUCACCCACGGCCUCCUGCUAUCCGUGCUGUGACGGUCUGGAUGGCCUAACUUGCUAGGAGGAGUCACCGCCCACCCCAGAGCUGCUGCAGCAGGGCCGCUGGGCCGCAGAGUUUAUUUUUAUAUUCCGUCCUGGGCCAGCACACUCCUGCCCAAAGGGCGAUGGCCAGAGACCCUAUGAACAGACCCCAGCAGUGAUGGCCCUGGCCUGGGGCUGCCCUGGCCCCUACCUGUACCAGUCAGGAUGCGCAAUGAGUGUCCCUUUGCUGCAGCUCAUUUGUUUCCAAUAAAAGUUUGUUGACUUGG